AUGCGUCAUCCAAGUCUCUGCCCCAGCAAGGGGUCAGCCACGGACGUUCCCCCUGUGCAGGGUGGGGGCAGGGAAAGGGGCGUGAGGGGCGAGAAUAUUGGGCUUCUGGGGACAGUGUCAGCCUGCACCUUACAGGGCUUCCGGGGAGGGCUCCGCGCGGGGGGCUUCCCAUCAAGGGCUUGUGGGUGUCUAAGGGGGGGCGCAGUUUCAGGUUUCACCAGGAGGUGGAGCUGGACGCCCGAAGUCCCCCUCAGGGAUGGAAGCUGGUGCCCUGCUGGGUCAGUGUGGGGAGACUGGGGGAGGGGCUUCCUGGCCCUGCAGUGGCCGGGGCUGUUAAUGCUUAUCCCGGCCCCACGCUCCUCGUCCGGAGCGCGCGCAUCAGGCCGGGGCAGCGGCAGGCCCGCCAGAGAAGUCUCCGGCUCAGUCUGGGCCCGCGGCUGGUGGCCGGGGCUCCUAGUCCUAGGUCUCUCAGGUGGGCACUGUUACUGUCAGCCGCUCUCGGGCCGGCGCUCUCCUCGCCGUCAGCUGCUCUCCGGCCGGCGCUCUCCUCGGGUCAGCUGCUCUCGGGCGGGCGCUCUCCUCGCCGUCAGCCGCUCUCGGGCCAGUGCUCUCCUCGCCGUCAGCCGCUCUCGGGCGGGCGCUCUCCUCGUGGUCAGCUGCUCUCGGGCGGGCGCUCUCCUCGCGGUCAGCUGCUCUCCGGCGGGCGCUCUUUCCCAGGGGGUCCGAGGAGCAGGCCAGCCUGUUAAGGAAGGGGCGUUGGGGGCAUCGGUGUCCUGGAGGCUGCUGCGGAUCCCAGAUGCUUUUUGUCCCUUGGUGAGGUUGGGGCUCUGGGGGGCGUCUUCCUUGUCCGCAUCCUCACUGAUUAGUGACUUCGGCCAGGAUCCAAGGCAGGUGUCCCAGGGUGCAAAACAGGCAGAGAAGAGAGACAGAGAGAGGUCAGAAAGGGCCUUCUCCCCUCCUGGUCCAGCCAACCCUGCCAAGAGCCAGUCCCUGACUCAGCCCACCCUGGCCCCUGGGGGCAGCUGGAGGAGGCGAAGCCUUGACCUGCCCCCCAGCCUGACGUCCCCCAUCCUGAGCCCCCUCCCAGCCCUGACGUCCCAUUCUGAAGGCCUCUAGCUUUGACAUCCCCUGUCCUCCCAGCCCUGACACUGCUGUGCAGCCUCCUCCAGCUCUGGCGCUGAGUCUAGCCUCAGCUUGGUGACUGUGGGCCAGUCCCUGCCUUUGUCUGACCCUCGGUCAAACCAAGGGAGUCCGGCUCGGUGGUCCCUUAAGGGCCCUUGUGUUGUGUGGUAGAAAGGGAGGAAGAGGAGAAAGGGAGAAGGAGGAGGAGGAGG